GUCUCAUUAGACCGGAGGCUUCCGGCUGCCGCCCCAAUCUCUGACUGCAGCUGGCCGUGGCCGUCUGCAAACAAUGCAAAACGAGAGCACAUUUCAAUAUCAACCGACGGAGAAUUGUAGGAGGAGCAUAUUGUCUUUGUGCAACAUCUGGCCGUUUGACAAAGAGAAGGUGCCAUUUAAACUUUGCUGUGUUUGAACAGAUGAGUUUAAAUCCCCCAGCGGCACUCUGGCAUAACCUUGCCGGGUCCGGGUGCCUGAGGAAAGGUGGUGUCCUGGUGUGAUCCUUGAAUGUCCUUGUGCUGUAUCUGCUGUGACUAAGGGUGAAAAAAAAACGCACGUGUUGAGUGGAAAUAGCUAUGCUCCGCGUCUACAAGUGUGUGCUUCGCAGCCUGAGAAACCGAAUACUACCACAGAGAAGUUUGUCUACAUAUACAUCUGUGUACAGAGUGAAUGAAGAUGAUAUCAAGGAAAAACUCGAGCAGCUCCAUGGUGGGAGUAUUGAUUUGCAGAAAGACCAAAACGGGAUUGCCACCAUGAUCAUAAACAACCCCGAGCGAAUGAAUGCAUUUUCAGGGACAAUGAUGUUGGAUUUCCGGGAUAAGGUAGAAGAGCUGGAGCAUUGGACUGAUGGGAAAGGUCUCAUCUUACGAGGUGCAAAUAAUACGUUUUGUUCUGGCUCUGAUCUAAGAGCAGUAAAAGCAAUAUUAAAUCCGGAGGAUGGAUUGAAGAUGUGCAUGUUUAUGCAGAACACCUUGACAAGGCUACUGAGACUACCUCUGAUCAGUGUUGCUUUAGUCCAAGGGAGGGCGUUGGGAGGAGGAGCAGAAGUUACUACAGCAUGUGAUUUCAGACUCAUGACUUCAGGAAGUGAUAUCUGCUUUAUUCACAAGCUUAUGGGAUUGGUACCAGGAUGGGGUGGAGCAACCAGGCUGAUUAAACUGAUUGGAUAUCGGAAUGCUCUUAAACUGUUGAGCAGUGCCCAACAUGUGGAACCUGCAACGGCGUUGAAUAUUGGGCUGGUUGAUGAAAUUUUAGUAUCCUCGGAUGAGGAAAGUUCCCUUAAAGAAGCUCAGAAUUGGCUGAAUCAAUACAUUAAGGGAUCUUCACAAGUUAUCAGAGCCAUUAAGAAUGUGGUGGUUUCAGGGAGAGAACUGUCACAAGAAGAGUCACUGAAAAAUGAAAAGAUCAUAUUUGGUACUUUGUGGGGCUCACCCGCUAAUCUGAAAGCUUUGGCUCAAAGAACCAAGCAUAAGUAGGCAAAUCAAACUUUCUAACAUACCAAUCAGCCUGUUGACUAAAAAAGAUAGAUUGCAGUGUAUUGCUAUUUUACAUUAUCAACUGUGACAUGACAUUUACCAUAUUUCUCAUCAAUGUAGUGCCUAACAUUGUAAAACAUUCCAGGAUGCUGCAGAGGACUAUUAACAUUUAAGUAACAUUUAACUUUGAGACACAAACAGAUAUAAGACAUAUGGCCAUCCAGGAGGGGUAUUUAGAAUCUCUGGUGCAGAUUAAAUAAUCUGCUGGAGUGGCAAUAUGUGGUGGGUCUUGUUUUUUUAAAGUGGGAGCGAGAUUAGGUAAUGAAUGAACCAAACUUAAUACAAGUUAGGACAGUAAGUGACAUUUUAAUUUUUAACUACACUUUAUUUACUCUCUGGUUUAAAAAAAAAACAGCAAUCCAAAUUUGCUGUAAACCAUCACUCCAAUUUAAAAUAAUCAAUGCUUAUAAAAUUCUCUUGGAUGUCCUGAGGAUGUGCAAGGCACUGUAUGGAUGUAGGUUAUUUAUUUAAUCCUUGAAUAUAAAAUCUACAGUAGUCAUAGAACAUUUAUACUAUGGUACAUUUCUUCUGAGUGAGUUAUUGUGCCAUUGUGUGAACUUGGUCUCUUUAUAUCCGUUUUAACAAUUAAAAAAACUAGUGCUGGUAUCAUUUGCGAUAUAUUAUUUACUGUAACUGGCUCUUGGAUUUGGCACACAGCUCCAUUAAAAUUAAAAUUAAAAUAUAUCGACAUUAUAGCUACAUAACUAAACUGCAUUCAAUUACACACAUCCCAGGAAAACACUUUAUUUCCAGAAGAGCAGGGAAUGUUUUACUACUGGCUUUGAGAUUGGCAGGAUGCAAUUAAGGUUGUAGCAGAUUUAGGGAGUGCCUACACUGUUGAAAGACCAUCUAUCUAAAUCUGGCUGUAUAUGUUAAGCAUUUUAUGAUUUUAAUUAAAGUUUAAAUAAUCCGUUUUUUUUUUGUCUUUUCUUUCUUAUAAGGGCUUGGUUUAUUGGAUGCUGCUAGCCUUUUCCCUACUUAGAAAAUCUAGAUAUUUAAAUCAUAGGAUAAAAUAUAUUCACUGAAUAUUGUGAACCUUUUUAAUUCGCUCCUUGAGAUGCAGCAUGUGCGGAAACACUGAAUAUAUCCACUCAUGAGAUAGAUAGAAAUUUGGGGUGGGGUGGAGCGGUGAGCACAAAGGGAAAGAUGGAAAGUGAGGGUAGAACUGGGUAGAGGGUUGCUGCUCAGAUAAGCCACUGGAAAGUGCUGCAACAGAAUAUAAUAGAGAUUCUGAUGACUCCUAACCCGACAUCAUAAUGGUAAAAGAUUAUUGUAUGCAAAUAAAGUGUAUGUAUGGGAUGUAUGUAUAUUAUCAAUCUCCAGACAUUGUUUCAAGUUACUUAGCUGAUAUGGAUAUUGUGCUGCCUUCAUGUGCUUCAUUCUACUAAGCACUUGAACACCCAAAAAGUGAUUUGCACGAGCUACAAGAUUAACUUGAUUAUCCUUGUGGAUCCUAACUUGUUACAUGCCUGUUCCAAGGACACCAAGUUCUUUGUCUGUUUUAUUAUAUCAGAAGCUGAUAAUGCCUGAUUUAAAUUGGUUGCAGAAAUGCUGAAGUUUGGCAUAUGACUAUGACUGUUGUAUCAAGCUGUUCCAGCUGGCUCUUGUACUGUGUCUUCUUCUCCCUCUUCCAUCAUUCACUCUCCUUUUGCAUGUAGUCUAUUUUCUUAGCAUUGAUUAUGAUAUGCUUAUCAGGAAAGCCAACAUGUUGGGGUUUUGAAAAGAUCUGAUAACAGUAGCUAUAGAAAAAAUAUUUCCACUUGUGGGGAAGUUUGAAAAAAAAGGCAGUAAAUAUAAGAAUACUUAGUUAAAAUAUAGAAUUCAAGAGCAAUUUGUUUUAAUAUGGUGAUCAGAACUGCAUAUAAUAUUCCAAGUGUGAUCUAACCAAGAUUUGGGACAAGUUUAGCAUAACCACUGCUUUCAAAAUUCUUUCAGCAGAAUUGCUAAUUUGUCAUUGAUUUGAAACAUUAACUGCUUUUUCCUGACAAUCUGAGUGUUUCCAGCAAUUUUUCAAGUAUGGCUUAAGAAUCUUAGUCAAACAGCAUGGAUACGGGCCUUACGAGUGUGGACCAAUGUGCAUUAAUCCCAUCUUCCAACAUUGGUCCACAGCCUUCUAUAGCUAGGCGAUUCAAGUCCUCAUCUCGACACUCCUUAAAUACUGUCAGUGAGUCUGCUUCAACCAAUCUAUCGGAAAGUGUAUUCCAGAUACUCAUCACUCUCUGUAUGAAAAUAAUUCUCCUCGCAUUCCCUCUAACUCUUAUCACUUAUCCUAAAUCUUUUCCAAGCUUUAUCUAUCUCUGAUAUGGCAUCCUUUGUUUUCUAUACCCCUUUGUAAUUUUAUAUACCUCAUUUACAUUCCCUCAUAACCUUCUCUGCUCCAGUAUCUCAUAAAAUGAAAUGCUCCAUCCCUAGCCACUUGGUGAAAUUCCUCUCCAGAGCUAUCGCAUCUGUGUGGAAUAUGGACUUAAAAAUGGCAUAAAUGGAUUUUAUAGGCAAACUGGAUAAACAUAAGACAAGCAUGUGUAAGGUUCUGUUGAUGGAGUAAGGUUGGGAGUGGGCUCAUGGAGCGCACUAAUGUAAGUAAGUAAUAUUGCAAUAAACAACAAAGGAUUGCCAAGCAAGUAACCAAACACAUCUGCCAGGGCAACAAAUGAUUCUCUCUUCACUAUGGUAGAAAUUUAAAGAGCACAAAGAAAUAAAAAUGAGUUUCGAUAAAAAUCAACAUGGUUAAAACAUACAGACUUAAGUUUUAGUUUAGGGACACAGCGCGGAAACACGCCCUUUGGUUCAUCGAGUCCGAGCCGACCUAGCGAUCCACGUAUGCUAGCACUAUCCCACACACUAGGGACAAUUGACAAUCUUUACCAAAGCCAAUUAACCUACAAACCUGUAUGUCUUUGCGGUGUGGGAGGAAACCGGAACACCCGGAGAAAACCCACGUGGUCAAGGGGAGAACGAGAUUGUACAAACUCCAUACAGGAGUACUCAGUCAGGAUCGAACCUGGGUCUCUGGCGCUGUAAGGCAGCAAUUCUACUGUUGUGCACCGUGCCGCUCCUCUAUGCUUGAUUUGUGGCAUUCUGUAAGGUAAACUAAAGGGUAAUACAGGAAGCUAGAUCUAUAAGCUUGACAUUGAUUUGCAUGAAAAUUCCCUUCUUACCAAACCUUCCCUUAAAUACAAUCUCCACGAGUCGCAUCAACUACUCUCUCGUUCAGAUCAAUAACAUUCUCAUCACACUGCUUAAAGAAGUUACUUCUAGAUUCCUUACUGAAUUUCUUGAUGAUUCUUACAAUUAUAGACUCAAGUUAUGUUCUUUUCAACAAGUGAAAAUGGUCUUUCUACAUCACUUAAAACCCUUUCCAAAUUUUAUAUACCUUUUUCAAGUCACCAUUCAACUGUCUUUUAUGAAGAAAAAUGAGAGGCAGUCUGUUCUUUCCUGAAGUAUAUUUCUAGAAUCAUUCUCAAAUCGGCGCUGUACCCACUCCAGUCCUAUUUUAACCAUGUAAUAUUAAGGCAACCAGAACUGUACACAACUGAAUCGACAACAGAACUGGCAGCAAGAUCUAACUAAGUUUCAAUAUAGGUCUAGCCUGGCUUCUUUAUUAUUUUAAUUCUUUCAUCAAAGCUGAUGAACACUUCAUCUAAGUCGCAACACUGAGAUCCCUUUGUUCUCUACCCCACUUGUGUCCAGCUAUGUUUAAGGAUAAUUUUGUCUAAACCUGUAUAGAUAACUAUCCUCCAUAGUAUUAUUCUGGAUGAACUUUAUUUGGAAAUGUGGUUUUCACUUUAUACAUUGUUAGCCAAGUAAUGUAUUCUCCCUACAUCUCAUUUUUCCAUGUUGUACUUAAUUUGUCCACUUAUUAAUGUACUUCUCUUAUUUGCUGCAGUCAUCCUCAGUAUUGACUGUACCUCUCCAAUUUGGAAAAAUCUACAAAUGUAGAUUAAAAAUAAAAAUUAUAGUAUGAAUCAUUAAUAUAAAUUGUGAAUAGUGAUUCCAGCAUUAAUCUCAGGAAACACCAUUACCUUUCUCCAUCCACUGUGAAAAGCUGUCCUUCCCAUGUCCACUCUUUGUUUUCUGUCCUGAAGCCGGCUAGCAAUCUAUUCUGCUGCUCGUUCCGAUUCCACAUUCCCUGACUUUUUCCAUUAGUCGAUCAUGGAUCUUUUUUCAAAAUCUAGAUUUUAUAUUUACAGUAUCUGUUGAUCAAACUCAAUGACAGUCAAUUGUGGUGAAUAAGACUGAUUUUUAUGUAUGCUACUAUUCUUGCUGAAAGUUUUCAAAUAAAUUGUACUUGUUAGGAAA